CAGCGGCAACAACAACAACAACGGCUGCUGCUGCUGCCGCUGCUGGUGGUGGUGGUGGUGAAUCGAAAAAAAGUCCAUCAAAAGAAUCUAGUAAUUCGAAACCAAAAAUCGAUGUUGCCAUUGUCAUUGAUCUGCAAAUCAAAGAUGGUAAUUUAUCACAUCGUAUGGCCGCAUUUGAAGAGAUUAAAAAAGCCUGUCAUAUGGUCAAUGCUAAUUAUCAGCUGAUUGCAUUUCAUAAAUUAGAUUUCGAUGAAAUCAAUGCAAUCGAUGCAUUCCAUGCGGCCGAUGUUGCCAUUGUUGAUCUAUCAAUACAGAAUCAACAACAUUCAUUAUUUUAUCGAAUUGGUAAUCGUGAAAAUUUUGGAAUGAAAUAUAAUAUUUUGAUAUUCAAUGAUGAUUCAUUGAAAGUAACGAUACCAUCGAAUUUGCCAAUUUCAACAUUUAAUCUAAUCAGUUAUCGUUUGUCACCGGUGGAUAAAAAAUGUUAUUACACUGAAUCUUUGCCAGAUAAAAAUAGUCGAAACAAUUCUAAUCCAAAUAUUCGAUCAUCAACAAAUCGACCACCACCAUUAUCAUGUGAAACGAAAAUUUUACUAAGUACAAAACUACGAAAUGCAUUACAACAUGUUGAAAUACAAACCAAAACACAUUUGAAGGAAAAAUUCCUAUCCGAAUUACGUAAAGCACGCGAAACACUGACACGUGAUGAAUUGACAAAAUCAUUACAUGAUUUUCGAAAAAAAUUGGAAAAUAAUUCUAGUCUUAUAUCGGCCGAUAUUGUCCAUAAUCUUCUUGUUUCAUAUCGUGAAAUACAGGAUUACGAUUCAAUGGUAUCAUUGAUUGAAGAGGUACAAUCAUCGAAAUUUGCCUUUAAAUUUACGCCACCUUUUCAAUAUCUGCAUGCAUUUGCAUUGAAUCGCCGUAAUCAAAUUGGUGAUCGUGAACGAGCAUUGGAAAAAAUUCAUGAAACAAUCGAAGAAAGUUCAUACAUUGAUUCUAUCUGUUUAGCUGGCCGCAUUUAUAAAGAUAAAUUUAUUGAAUCACAAUAUCAGGAUAAAGAAAGUCUUGAACAGGCAAUCAUUUGGUAUCGAAAAGGAUUUGAUCAUCAACCAAAUGAAUAUGCCGGUAUUAAUCUAGCUACAUUAUUGGUCAUUAGAGGUGAUGAUCUGAAUAAUUCAACUGAACUUAAAGAUAUAGCAUCCAUAUUGAAUCUUUUGAUUGGCCGUAAAGGAAGUCUUAAAUCAAUACAAGAUUAUUGGGAUGUUGCAACAUUUCUUGAAAUAUCUGUAUUGGCUGAAAAUUAUACAAAAGCAAAUGAAUCAGCCGAAUGUAUGUUCAAUUUGAAGCCACCGGAAUGGUAUCUGAAUUCUACAUUACGAAACAUACAAUUAAUUAAUGAUUUUCGUAAAAAACCCGAAGAUGUACGUCUGACACCUGAAGAGGAAUUGUUUCGUUUUUGGAUGGAAUAUUUUAUUGAAGCGGCCAAAGAUCAUGCUAGUCAUAUAAUAAGAUUUCCAGUCAUUAUACAAGAAAUUGAUAAAUCACUGAUACCAAGUUAUGUAACUGUAAAUCAAAAUGAUCAAGAUGGUAAAUCAUUGCAGAUCAAUAAUAUCUGUAAAGAAUGUAUACGUAAUCCAGAUUCAUGUCGACGGCCACAUAAUUGGCUAUUUCAUUCAUCAAAAAUACGUGGUGUUAGUAUGUAUAAAUCGGAUCAACGUUGCCUUUUUCUAUACGUACUAUCGGAUGAUUUUCAAAUUUUUCCAUCAGACGAAUAUCGUAAACGUUUUCAUGAACUUGUUCUAGACAUAACAGCCAAUGAAGAAUGUUUAGAUUUAGAUUCACGUAUAAUGGAAUCGAUACGAAUUCAAUUUGAUUAUGAUUAUGAUGAAAAAAUGAAUAAAAUUAAAUUAGGUGAAGGAUCAUAUGGUACAGUAUAUGCAGCACAUGAUAGUAAUAAUAUUGCCAUCGCUGUGAAAGAGAUACCGAUCAAGAAUAAAGAUGAAGUUCAACCAUUACAGGAAGAGAUUAAGUUACAUUCACAACUGAAACAUCGUAAUAUCGUCAAAUAUAUUGGUUCGAUUAAUGAUGAACAAGUGAGUGUUUUCAAAAUCCUAAUGGAACGUGUACCCGGUGGUUCAUUAUCACAAUUAUUACGUUGUAAAUGGGGCCCACUAAAAGAAUCAUCGAUUGCCUAUUAUACUAGACAGAUUUUGGAUGGUCUUCAUUAUUUACAUAGUCAGAAUAUUGUACAUCGAGAUAUUAAAGGUGAUAAUGUACUUGUUAAUACAUAUACUGGUGAUGUAAAAAUAUCGGAUUUUGGUACAUCCAAACGUUUGGCUGGUUUAAAUCCACGUACUGAAACAUUUACUGGUACAUUUCAAUAUAUGGCACCUGAAGUAAUUGAUCAAGGUGCACGUGGUUAUGCAGCACCAGCUGAUAUAUGGUCACUUGGUUGUACUGUUGUUGAAAUGGCCACCGGAAAAACACCAUUUAUCGAACUAAGUUCUGGUCAUGAAGUCAUAUUUAAAGUGGGAUAUUUUAAACAACAUCCUGAAAUACCGGGAACAUUAUCGGAAAAAUGUCGUAAUUUUAUUGAAAGUUGUUUUGAACCAAAUCCUGCUAAACGUCCAGCGGCUGCUGAAUUAUUGGAAAUGCAAUUCAUGGAAUGUGGUUCAUCAUCUUCAAGAAAACGUAAACCAGCCAAUCAAUUACAACCAAAAAAUAACAAUAAAGUCAAUCCAAAUCGUAUGUCUGUAGACUUUAAUCGUUCAAUAUCGAUGCCAUAUGAUCCAACAUUGAAAUCAACAGAUUCAUCUAGUUCUACAACCGCCGUUAUUGAUAUUGUACAACAGCAACAACAACAACAUAAUGGUGGUGGUGGUGGUGGUGAUCAUACACCAAAUUCAAUGGAUAGCUUACAAGAUUCAAAUCCAUUCACAUUAAUGCCAUCAACAAUUAGUGGUUGUGGUGGUGGUGGAAAUAAAAAUCCAAAUAGCCGAUUACAAACAAAUCUAUCAUUAAAUAUAAAUAAUCUACAAAAUUCAAGUGGUGAUGAAAAAUCACCAAAUAUAAUGACAUCUGGAUCAUCGGUAGCGUAUCCGGUAACACCAAAUGAUUUAACAAUGAAUGAACAUAAUAUACAAAAAAGUCUUUCACAAGUACUUGAUUCAAAUACUGAAGAUAUAACUGAAGUUUGGUGGCGUCGUUUGAUUGAAAAUUGGCCAGAUCAACAAUUGUUAUUACAAUCACGUCAUAUACAGAAUGUAUUAUUCCCUGGUUUUCGUGAUUAUAUCUCUACAAAUAAGAAUACAUUGUAUUUGAUGAAUGCCUUGUAUUCAUUGGCAAAUGAAUUUAAUGAAAAAUUCAAACAACAGCAACAAUCAUUGGAUAAUGAUGAAAAUAAACGUUUUCUAUUCAAACAAUUACAGACGGCAAUCUAUUAUUUUCAAGAUGCAAUUGAUUCAAUAUUGAAAAUACAGAAUAUACCACCACAUUGGAUUUUUGCAUUAGAUUCAUUGAUACGUGAAAGUGUACAGGAAGCACAACGUUUAUUACAUUUAUGUUAUAAAAAUGUAUUUGAAAUUGAAAUGGCCGGUAGUGAAGUGGCUGUACCACAAUCAGCCGGUUGUGGUGGUGGUGGUGAUUUAAAUCAUUUAAUCAAUGUAACGUCACCAUCAACAGCUGAUAUGUUAAGACAUUCACAGGAAUCAUUAUUCAAUAUGCAAUUGAUAAAAUCCGAUCAUUUUAAACAAGAAAUUAAACAUCUAUUACAGGAAAAUAAUAAAACAGUUAAAUUAUUAUCGGAUACAUUCAGUGAAUAUCUUGCCGAACAGAAUGAAGUAUUGCGACGUUUAUGUGAAAAAGUACAGAAUCAAAAUCGUCCAAAUUUAUUGAUCGAUAAUGCUGUUGUUGUUUCGGCUUCUACUAAUGUCCAUACGAAUGAUGAUGAUGGUGGUAGUGGUGGUGAUAUCGACAAAAAUUCAGAUGAUAAUCAAAAAUUUAAAGAUGAAACAAUGAUUACAAUGUUGGAAAAUGAAAAUAUUAGUCGUUCAACAAUCGAUGCUUUAAUUCGUCAAGAUAUUGAUCGAAAAGUUUUAUUUGAAUUCAUAAGCCGUGAUGAUCUCCGUAAAUUGAAUCUAACAUUGGGUGAAGAACUUCGACUUUGGAAUCUCAUUGAAAAGAAUAAAAUUCGUUAUCAAUUGGUCAACAACAACAAUGACAAAUAUGAUUGAUUUAUAAUUUA